GGAGCCUGUGACACGGCAUCCCCUUCAGGUGCACAGUGCGAUUCCAUAAACCCCCGGUGGGAAUGGAGCCAAGUUAAAUGGAAGCUGAAGUCAUGGAUGAUGCAAGAGAUUUCUUUUCAAGUUUAAACUCAUCAAAAGGGUUAAAUCCAGCCCACCUUGAAGCAGAACGCACUGUGGGCUUGUAAACUCUCGGAGUUCAGAAGGCUCCUUUCGAUCAUCUUUAUACCAGGUCGCUGUUGCUGCUAAUAGGGCUCCUGUAUACAACAGUCACUUCAACCCUCUCCGAAUCCUGACUGCUGCCUUUUGCCUUUCUCCCUGCUAAUUGCUCACUCAGAGAGCUGUGUCUCAAUGUGAUCAAUGGCGCUUAGAUGGGAACUGCAACGCCAGAUUAAUUCUGGCACUCGAUAGAUCAGAGAGUUGGAGGGAGGACGAGAGACAGAGACAGUGUCGGAGAAAGAGAGAGAGAGAGGAAAGGAAGAGGCACCGUUUUGACAAGGAGCUCUAGGAGUUUAUCGAUAACAAGUAGCCCAUAUGUCUGGGUGAAGCUUUGGAUUAAGGGCAGAGCACCCUCAAUAAGCUCCUGAACUGGUGUUGACCUUGUUUCUCUAAUUUAUCCUCGGGCUUACACAAUGAUGUGACUUACUGUCGCUGCCUCCAGCUCACAUUAUUGGAGAACGUGGACAGCAACAGUUGUCCAACCUCUCUCCCUCUCUCUCUCACAAAUAUGGCGAAGUGAAAACCUGGAGGAAGGUAUCCGGGGUUCCAGAGGCUGCCUCAGGCACAGGCACCAUUUCUCCGAGCUGCAUGUCACCUCCGCCCCUCGGCCGCUAACUGAGCACGUUGACCUCUGAACUUCCCAGAGGACCGAGGCGCCACCUUGAUGCUGGGCCCUCUGGCCGCGAUGGGCCCCCCCUACCUGACAGGUGGGCUCUGGGGCUACCUGCUGACGGGGCAGGUGCUGAUCUGGGCUCGGGCGCACGGCUCGGGCGAUGUGGAGCAGGCGGAAGGGGCUGCUGCGCCAACAGGCAACGGGACCAGAGCAGGGGGCCCCUGGGAGGCCGGCCCGGCUCCGACGGACAGGGCCCCGGCCUCCGACCGGUGCCGCGGUUACUACGAUGUGAUGGGCCAGUGGGACCCUCCGUUUAGCUGCAACACCGACACCUACGUGUACUGCUGUGGGACAUGCCACUAUCGCUUCUGCUGUCAAUUUGCCCACGACCGGCUUGACCAGAGCACCUGCACCAACUACGAUACGCCCAACUGGGUGAACACCGGCAAGCCCCCCGUCAAAGUGGACGGUGCCAUUGAAGGCCCGGCUAAGGACAAAACCAACAUGAUUGUCUACAUCAUCUGUGGCGUGGUUGCCGUCAUGGUGCUGGUGGGAAUCUUCACCAAACUCGGCCUGGAGAAGGCUCGGAGGCCCCAGACGGAGAUGAACAUGUCGAGAGCGCUGACUGACCUGCUGAAACAGCAGAGCCAUCACUCUAUGGACUACAUCGAACAUGGCGGAAAUUUUGGAGCCGUUCAGGUCCCCAUCGCUGACAGCCUCACGCCAAGAGCACUGAGGAGCAGUGGAGGUAGGUUCAACGCCUCGCUGGACGGGGAGCACCCUACAUUGAAGGCCUUCCUGAGUCAAGAGCAGCCUCACCUGAAUAACACGCCGGGUCCAUCACGGACCAUCUCCCAGAUGGGACCACCCCACCCCCACAACAACAUCCUGCAGCGACUGGCCUCAGCACCGUCACCAGGCCAAGACUUCAACAAGUAUGCCACUCUCCAGGCUGUAGCAGAAACAGCUCCUGAUGACUUCUACUCCAAAAGGUACCCGCUGCGGGACCUGUCUCCAUCCGGAGCGACGUUCCCAGCGCUGGGCCCUCCCCAGAAGGACAGGUCGUCAGGGGAGCCAUGCGGGUAUAUAACCGCUACACCGGCUCAGAAAACCAAAACUAGCAAGACCAACACACAGCCUCCGUUUAACGCCAAAAGCUGGGAGCAGGGCGAGCUGACAGACCAUAGGUUCCUCUACUCCAGCAGGAGGCAGUACAGCAUCGAGCACCUGCCAGAGAUCUUCAAUACACCUCCUCGUUUCAAGCAACAGCGACAACGACACUUGUCUACAAACAGCAAGACGGAGGUCACAGUGUAGCUGUGGUUGAACGAGCCACAAUUCUCUGUCCUAAAGGCCACAACAAAAAAAAACGAGGGUGGGGGAGGGUGGGGAGUAUGAGGCAGCCCCCCCCCGCCCCAACUCUGAGUUACCCUUCUCAAUUGACCCUCUGGAUCUUGCGUCCGAAGCCAGUCGGCAAAUCAGGGAGCGUGUUCGCCCUCCGAGCCCAGGGAAACGUUGUAAUCUACACACGACGGGAAAUGGUCGGACUGUGAGGCCAGGGUGUGCUGGUGUUGGAGACGGGUGGGCGAGGUCAGAAGCUGCAUGACACCAGGUUGUAGUCCAAUGGGUUUAUUUGAAAACACAAGUUUUUGGAGCCUUGCUCCUUCAUCAGGUGAAGGGGCAGCGUUCUAAAAACUUGUCGUUUCAAAUAAACCCAUCAGACAAUAACCUGGUGUCAUGUGAUUUCUGACCCAGUGAAGGUUUCCCAGACUGAUUGCUGGGAUGGCAGGACUGGCAUAUGAUGAGAGAUUGGAUCGGUUAGGACCAUUUUCACUGGAGUUUAGCAGAACGAUGGGGUGUCUCAUAGAACCCUCUAAAAUUUUAACAGGAUCAGACCGGCAAACAUAUCGAGGAUGUUCCCAAUGACCAGGGAGUCCAGACCCAGAGUAAGGAUACAAGGUGAGCCAUUUUGAACUGAGAUGCGGAGAAAGGUCUUCGACCAGAGAUUGGGGAGCCUGGGGAAUUCUCGGCCACAUAAAGUAAUUGAGGCCGGAAUAUUGAAAGUUUUCAAGAAGGAGUUAGAUCCAGUUCUUAGGGCUAAAGGGGUCAAAGGGUGUGGGGGGAGAAAGCAGGAACAGGGGACUGAGUUGGAUGAUCGGCCAUGAUGGUAUUGAAUGGGGGAGCAGGCUCAGAGAGCUGAAUGGCCUCCUCCUGCUCCUGUUUUGACCAUCCAGUAGAAAAUAGGAUCUUAUCUCACAAGUCCUGACUCGCUGCUCUGUUAAUGUUAUGGUAUUGUCCAUCUCUCUGGCCAUUUUUGUUAUGGAACUUAUUUUUGUUCUUUUAGAUCAAGAACAGUUUGGACCAAAAAUAAAUCCAGAACGUGAGCCCAAUGUUGAGUCCUGAGAAUGUGGGCUGGGAGGUGAUUACCAUCAGAGACUGGGAUUAACACAGGAAGGGGCAGGAUUUGAAAGUAUGUUGGCAGACUGGGAUAGCAGUCAGCUCGAGUAGACCAUACACACCAGCAUGGACCAGUUGGGCUGAAUGUCCUGAAGCGAGAGUUUACCGAACGUCCCAGCUCCUGUAGACCAGGGCACAUCUAAAUCGCAGCAUCAUUUCUGGAAACGCUCAUCCAGCCCUUCAGCUCCCCAAUUCGAAGGUUUGGUGUUUAUCAUUCCUCCUCAACGCAUCACAAAGUAAAUCUAAUUCUCCCAAUCCCUGAUUUGAUGUGAACAACACAGCCUUCUCUGGGAACACUGCACCCUGCAGGAGGCAAACUCCUUCAGAAUCCUCUCCGAAAAUUAUUUCAAAAUUCAUAAAAAAAAUACAGGUACAAAGCCAGAUCACUCCCACACUCAUCAGUGCAUGUGGAGAAAGAGACACUCCCCGUGUGGAGAGAGACUGAAACACUCCCAAUGUCAAGGGAGGUAGAUACAGAGAUAUUCCCCAUGCAGAGCGAGAGAGACAGAGAUACUCCCCAUGUAGAGAGAGAGAGAGAGACAGAGAUACUCCCCAUGUAGAGAGAGAGAGAGAGAGAGAGAGAGAGAGACAGAGAUACUCCCCGUGUAGAGAGAGAGAAAGAGACUGAGAUACUCCCCGCGUAGAGAGAGAGAAAGAGACAGAGAUACUCCCCAUGUAGAGAGAGAGAGAGAGAGAGAGACAGAGAUACUCCCCGUGUAGAGAGAGAGAAAGAGACUGAGAUACUCCCCAUGUAGAGAGAGAGAAAGAGACAGAGAUACUUCCCAUGUAGAGAGAGAGAGAGAGAGACAGAGAUACUCCCCGUGUAGAGAGAGAGAAAGAGACAGAGAUACUCCCCAUGUAGAGAGAGAGAAAGAGACAGAGAUACUCCCCGCGUAGAGAGAGAGAAAGAGACAGAGAUACUCCCCGUGUAGAGAGAGAGAGAGAAAGAGACAGAGAUACCCCCCCCCCGUGUAGAGAGAGAGAAAGAGACAGAGAUACUCCCCAUGUAGAGAGAGAGAAAGAGACAGAGAUACUCCCCAUGUAGAGAAAGUGAGACAGAGAUACUCCCCGUGUACAGAGACAGAGACACUCCCUGUGUACAGAGAAAGCCUCUCCUGACCUUACACAGUGCCUGAGUAUCAUGUCUCCAUGAUUUCCAGGCUGUGCAGUUGUCACUCUAACCAUUCAGACCUGAGCCCCUGAGGUAACAAGGUGUGGAGCUGGAUGAACACAGCAGGCCAAGCAGCAUCAUAGGAGCAGGAAAGGCUGACGUUUCGGGCCUAGACCCUUCUUCAGAAAUGGGGGAGGGGAAGGGCGUUCUGAAAUAAACAGAGAGAGAGGGGGAGGCGGCUCGAAGAUGGAUAGAGGAGAAGAUAGGUGGAGAGGAGACAGACAAGUUAAAGGGGCGGGGAUGUAGCCAGUAGAAG